ACACAAGCACACACACACACACACACACAGAGGUGGUGUAGCUGCCCAGUCAGGUACGGAUAUCCUGCAAAUCACAUUUCACACACAAACACACACACUCCUGCUGCCAACAUGCCAGACUCAAAGAUGGACGAGACUAAGAAAAAGAAGAAAAAGACGGCGGAGUGCUGUGGAUAUCCCAUCAGCAUCUUCUUCAUUGUGGUCAAUGAGUUCUGUGAGAGAUUCUCCUACUAUGGGAUGCGCGCUGUGCUGGUGCUGUAUUUCCGCUAUUUUCUGCUGUGGGACGAUGAUCUGGCAACCUCUAUCUACCAUGCGUUCGUGGCUCUCUGCUACCUGACGCCCAUCCUGGGGGCCAUCAUCGCUGACUCCUGGCUCGGCAAGUUCAAGACCAUCAUUUACCUGUCUAUAGUGUACGCGGUGGGCCAGGUCAUCAUGGCCGUCAGCACCAUUCAUGAUAUCACUGACAUUAACAGAGACGGCACACCGGACAACUUCACCUUCCACAUUGCUCUUUCUAUGCUGGGUUUGGUCCUCAUAGCUCUGGGCACUGGAGGAAUUAAACCGUGUGUUGCAGCGUUUGGUGGAGAUCAGUUUCAGGAGCAUCAGAGUAAGCAGCUCAACACUUUUUUCUCAGUGUUUUAUUUGUGCAUCAACGCUGGAAGUCUGCUUUCCACACUCAUCACGCCUGUGCUCAGAGCUCAGCAGUGUGGCAUCCACACGCAGCAGCAGUGCUAUCCACUCGCCUUUGGGGUCCCGGCCGCCCUCAUGGUGGUGUCUCUGGUGGUGUUUAUUGCUGGCAGUGGCAUGUACACCAAAACUGCUCCAGAGGGAAACAUUAUGGGCUCGGUGUGUAAAUGCAUAUGGUUUGCUCUAACUAACCGUUUCAGACAUAGAAGCGAUGUUUAUCCAAAGAGGGAGCACUGGAUGGACUGGGCGGAGGAGAGAUAUGACAAACUCCUCAUUGCACAGAUAAAGAUGGUGCUGAAGGUGUUGUUCCUCUACAUCCCCCUGCCCAUGUUUUGGACCCUGUUUGACCAGAAGGGCUCCCGCUGGACUCUUCAAGCCACCACCAUGACUGGAGACUUUGGAGGGUUCGUCCUGCAGCCAGACCAAAUGCAGACGGUGAACCCUAUCCUCAUUCUGACCCUGGUGCCCAUCAUGGACAGGAUUAUUUUCCCUCUCAUAAAAAAGUGUGGCCUCAAUUUCAGCCCUUUGAAGAGAAUGACGGUCGGCAUGUUGUUCGCCGCCACAGCGUUUGUUGCUGCUGCUCUGGUUCAGAUGGAGAUCGAUAAAACCUUGCCAAAUUUCCCAUCAUCCUCUGAGAGCCAGCUGAAGGUGGUGAACAUGAACAGCGAGUCUCUCAUAGUGACGCUGUCCUCCCAAGAGCCUCUACUGAUUGGCUCAUUUGAGAGCAGUCCAGAUUACAUUACGUUUGACCAGCAGAACAUCAGCGUAGCCUUUAACACAACUCCUGUGACCAGCAAAGAUUUGAGUUUAAUCAAAGGGAGCCGUCAGACCCUGUUCAUCCCCUCCAAUCUGGGUGAGAUGUAUCUGAAAGAAGACAUCAAGUCUAAACCAAAGGAAGGAAAGAAUGCUGUCAGGUUUGUGAACGGCUGGAAUGCAUAUCUGAACAUCACGAACCUAGAGUCCAGCCUUCAGCCUGCAGAAACGUCAAACUACACGCUGGUUUCUCAGGGCACGCGUAAGUUCACGCUCACCGAUGGUAAUCAGUUGUGUGAGUUUUCACGGAAGUUUGGCUUCGGUUCCUCCUACACUUUCCUGAUCCCCAGCAAUCUGUUCUCCACUGAUUGUGAGUCUAUAAAGGAGAUUGAAGACAUGCAGCCCAACUCAGUGCACAUGGCUCUCCAGAUUCCUCAGUAUUUCCUCAUCACUACAGGAGAGGUCAUGUUCUCCGUCACCGGCCUGCAGUUCUCCUAUUCACAGGCUCCCAAAAACAUGAAGUCGGUACUGCAGGCCGGCUGGCUGUGCACCAAUGCAGUGGGAAACAUCAUCGUGCUGAUCGUGGCGGAGCUGGGGAAACUUCCCAAACAGUGGGCAGAGUAUGUGCUGUUUGCGUCGCUGCUAGUAGCUGUUAGCAUCAUCUUCUCCAUCAUGGCGUAUUUCUACACCUACAUCGACCCAGCGGAGAUUGAAGCCCAGAUCCUGAAAGAGCAAGAGAUUGAUACAGACGACAAGAAGAAGAAGACGAAAGAGACUCUAGAAAUGGAGGAAAAGGAUAACAAGCAGGAAAUCAAACAAACCAAGAUUUAAGACUGUAAGAUUGACGUUACGUUAUAUGCUACCGUGCUAAAAUCUUCCCUUUAGUUCCGUAUUUAUUAAAACAGGCUUGAAAGACUGUGAACAGACAUGUACUGUAUGUUUAUGAUUGAUUUGCAGCCGUUGUUGAUAACUUUAGAUGAUUAUUGAUAAGAGCCAAUUGAGUCGACUAGCAUAUGUAGCAUUAAACAGGUAAUGUGUAUAAAACUUUUGGAUUAUGAUGUAGAUGGACUUUAGUGAGUGUUUUUGUGUGAGGUUUGAAGCUGAUAAUCAAUGAACGAUGAUACAGUGGUCUGUUUAUGGUAUUAAUGUUAUGUGUACACAACAACAGUAUGUCAAAAUAGCCAAGUUUACUUUAGUUUUUUUGUAGUUUUAAGUAUGGAUGACCAUGUUUGUCAAAUAAACUGUUAAUACAA